ACGUUUCUUUCGCUGCCACUAGGUUCUUCCCGAACCUCGUGCCUUUGUCGUCAAACUGGCGCAAUCUUUACGACCGCAAUUUUGUCCUUGUGAGAGUUUGGAAGAGCAGAGCAAAAAGACGGCACGCCGUGUCUACAAGCAAUUUUGGAGGGGCGUAAUGAUAUCCCGGAAACCCGAACCCACAGCAUUGUCGAUACGAACCAACUCGACCAUCUCGUCUCCUGCGUCGUCUCUCGACGAGUUCGACGGCGAGGAACUCAAGAUGGCCCUCUCAGACUGCCAGAAGGCACCAUUGACCGUCUCGAUACCGAAGAAUAUCCCCAGCCCUCACAGCCGGAAACCCAACCUGGCCGAGAUCCUCGCUAACAAUGCACCACCACCAUACACAUUAUCCUCCUUCAUGGCCUUCCUGUCGCAGAACCACUGUCUGGAGAACUUAGAGUUCACCAUGGACGCAUCGAGGUACCGCAAGCAUUACUCCAAGAUGGUCAACCGUCACCCUGGGACACCCAUCUCUCCGCUGUCAGACGAGUGUGCAUACGUUCUCAUGCUUUGGCGCCGCUUAAUAGACGCCUAUAUCCGAGAGUCUGGCCCUCGUGAGGUCAACCUUCCUGCUGAGGUCCGCGAUAACCUUCUGGCUCUGUCCGAGUCCUACGUGCCACCCCACCCAUCCACCCUAGACGAGGCUGUCGCCAAGAUCUACGAGCUCAUGGAGGAGGGUGUGCUUCUGUCAUUCCUGAACUCUGUCAGCCCUCAGAGUGCACACCCCAGCAUCAUGAGCCAUGAGAGCUACAACGCUAGCAUCACACGGUCUUCGACACGCAGCUACGACGAGCGCAGCACGAUCUCUCACAAGUCGUCGCACGUCCCUGCUCAUCAGCGUGCAUCGGCACCCUCGUCGCUGACUGCUGGCUUCAUGCACUCCCGUCCGUUCUCUCACUCCCGCUUCCACUCUCAGCCCACUUCAUCUAGCUCUGCCGCUACUCGCGUUACAUCUGGUUACACCAGUGGCAGCGAUGCAAUGACCGAUGACACAGGCAGUGCAAGCCCAUCGAUGAGCGAUCCUCUUACUCCUCCAGGAACGCCGCCCAUGAGCGACUAUCCAAUGGUCGACUCCGCCCACAUCUACUACGAGAACGGAUCCGCCAGCGGCACUCCCAGCCCCCGCACAAGCCGUGGGGAGCACAACGGUAUCGGUGCUGCCACUAGGGACAGCUGGAAGCGCGUCAGCAGCAAGCUCUGGCCCAAGAAGAAGAGCGGUGGCCAGCUGCGAGAAGACGAGCACGCCGUUGUCGACUCACCCGGAGGCUUCAUCUAAAUCGGCACCUCAAGAACUCCUGCUGAGGGUGCGAACACUUUACCAAAUUUUCUACAUUGAAAAGCGAUCACGGUUACGAACAUGCGAUUUCAGCGACCUGCAUACAAACAGCAUUUGGGCUGCAUAUACUUGGCGUUUCGAUUAG